AUGACUUCUUUUCAGACGAACGAGGAACGACAGCACAAGCGCCAAAAGGACAGCAACGCAGCACUACGAAAAACAUCAAGAGAAGAUGUCCUGUCUCAACUGGACAAAAUCUCACAUAUCGAUCGCACGGAGAGCAAGUGGAUCGCAUUGCUCAUAGUCAUCGCAGCUGGCAUUCUAUUACGCUGCUUCGCUGGCGUAUGGGGAUACUCGGGAAAGAACAAGACACCCAAGUUCGGCGACUUUGAGGCACAGAGACACUGGAUGGAGAUCACGACCCAGCUAUCAAUUACUGAAUGGUACUUUCAGAGCUGGAACUGGUGGUCUCUUGACUACCCACCUCUGACGGCCUAUCACAGCUGGCUUCUCGGCAAGAUUGGAGCCUCAAUUAACCAGCACUGGUUUACGCUAUAUGAGUCCCGAGGACGAGAAGAUAUUGGUCUGCAAAUGUUUAUGCGCAGUACGGUCCUUCUCUCAGAAUGGCUUAUCUUCAUUCCCGCCACGGUACUAUGCACUCUGCUACUUGGGAAGUCCCUCGACGUUCGAAAGCGCGCGAAACAAUUCUCAGUCGCAGCAAUUGCGCUUUUGCUGCAGCCAGCGCUGAUUAUGGUCGAUCAUGGCCACUUUCAGUACAACUCAGUUAUGCUAGGAUUCUUCAUGGCCACACUGGCAUGUCUCCUGGCUGGUCGACGUUUGAUCGCCUGUGCCUUUUUUGUUGCAGCUCUUGGAUUCAAACAAAUGGCACUUUUCUAUGCACCAGCAAUGGCUGCGUACUUGGCUGGAAGCUGCGUGGUACCGAAGGUGCAGCCUUUGAAGUUUCUCGCGAUUGCUACCGCUACAUGCGCUUCCUUCAGCGCGCUCUAUCUACCGAUUCUUGUCGGGACUUGGCACAGCCUAUCUACUGGUACGCCAGUACCUGCGGGAACACACAUGUCAGCCGGACUUAACAGCUUUCUGCGAGGCGUACCCAAGGACUUGCAUCCCUACAGCGUACAAGUCUUUCAAACUCUCCACAGGAUCUUUCCCUUCUCGCGCGGGCUUUUCGAAGACAAAGUAGCCAACAUCUGGUGCACGGUGCACUUCUCGGGCUUCUACAAACUUGCCAGCCAUCAUUCUGCCGAAGUGCUCCAACAUGCAGCCCUUACAAUGACGCUGCUGACCAUCCUUCCACCAUGCUGCAUCAUCUUACUGCGGCCACGGAAAAAUCUCCUCUUGUGGGCCUUUGCCUCAUGUGCGUGGGGCUUCUUCCUCUGUUCCUAUCAAGUUCACGAGAAGAAUGUCUUACUACCGCUUUUGCCCACGACGGCUCUUCUCGCAGGCCAGGAUGGCUCCAAAGCCUCAAUUCGGGCGUGGGUUGGGUUCGCAAACAUUGUCGGAGCCUGGUCACUGUUCCAUUUACUCAUCAAGGACGAGAUUUCUGUGAUCUAUGUUCCCCUCGUCGCCGUGUGGACGUAUCUGAUGGAGCUCCCUCCAUGGACUCUGGGCCCUUACGUGGAUUCUGACCUGUCUUGGCCAAGCAAGCUACUGCAUCUAUGUGCUUAUGCUGGCAUUGCUCUAUGGCAUAUUCUGGAAAUAUUCGUCUCGCCUCCAGCGAACAAGCCAGAUCUUUGGAUCGUGAUCAACAUCGUUUGUGCAUGUGGGGCAUUCUGUAUGUGCUAUCUAUGGUGUCUGUGGAACUUGCUGCACAAGAGCGGUCUGAUGAAGCAGAUCCGUCUUGUGAAGAAAAUGAAUAUUGUGAUCCUGUUGGAGAUGUGGAAAUUGAAGCUCAAGUAG